AUGAAGUUGAUAGGCUUAACAGGCGGUAUUGCUUCUGGCAAAUCGACUGUGUCUCGACUCCUCCAAGAACAUGAGAUCCCCAUCAUUGAUGCUGACAAGAUUGCACGUCAAGUAGUAGAACCUGGUCGUUCUGCCAACAAGCUUAUCCGCAAACACUUUGGAGAUGAUGUUUUUCUUCCUGACGGCAAUAUUGAUCGACCGAAACUCGGCCAAGUGAUAUUUGGAGACCCUGCUAAGCGAAAGGUCUUGAAUCAAUGCACACACCCAGCAGUACGCAAAGAGAUGCUUAAGCAAGCGUUCCUUUAUUGGAUCAAAGGCGCCGAUGUGGUGGUUCUUGAUGUUCCUUUGUUAUUUGAAAGUGGGAUGGAUAAACUUGUGGGUACAACAGUGGUUGUUUAUUGCUCUGAAGUAUUACAACUACAACGAUUGAUGAAACGAGAUGGGAUCAAUGAGGAUGCUGCAGCACAACGUAUACGAUCACAAAUGGCCCUUAACGACAAGGUAUCCAAGGCUGAUGUGGUGAUUGAUAAUUCCAGCGACCUAUCUCAAUUAGAAGUACAAGUGAAGAACCUCAUUCAGCGUAUUCGACCCUCCACAUUGACAUGGAUGCUUGAGUAUGUCGGUCCUCCUGCUAUCAUUGCUGGUCUUGCUGUAGCUGCCAAGUUGUAUUUACCACGAGUAUUAUUGUAUGUGGGUGAUGUCAUUGCAAAGAAACGGGCUGGUCUCGCAUAA